AUGUUAUCGGAAGAAUUCUACUCCUGUAUCUGCGGCCCGCCUAUUGCGGCAAACACGGCCGUAUCCAAAGACAUCGGCAUCUACGCCCAUACUCUUAGCCCCAGCUACACCGUCAAGUCAACUCUCAAGAGAAGUGCUACCCCGGCCCACUGCUUAGCUAUCAGUGACUCGCAUGUCUUUGCCGCCCAGCACGAAAAGUCCCAGGUCCACGUCUACUCAAGAUCGCGGGGCAUCCAAGAAACAGUCGUUACCUUUCCAGAACGCAUUCGGAGCUUGGCGUUGAUUGGCGAUGUCUUGGCGUUAGGCACCUCCGAGGGCAGGUUGAUCCUGUGGGAGACAUGCACUGGUCGCCAGCUGGUCACACCACCUUGCCACGUCCAAGCCGUUUCGUGUCUGGCCGUCACGCCCUAUCACAUCCUUACAGGCUCCGAAGAUUCCAACAUUCAUGUUUGGACAGUCUCCCGUCUGCUAGAGCUAGAUGCUUCUGUGGAGAGUGAGCCGGACCGUACGCUCGCCAACCACAGGGCUGCCAUCACAUCGCUCGCUGUCAGUGGUAGUGUCAACCCGGAAACCAAUAUUUGCGUCUCAUCCAGCAAAGACAAGACUUGCAUCAUCUGGAACUAUCAAACGGGCGAUGUUCUACGUACACUAUUGUUCUCCACAGCUCCGCUAUGCGUUUCCAUGGAUCCCUGCGGCCGUGCCGUCUUCGUUUCAUCUGAGGACAGGGCUCUCUACCUCGUAGAGCUCUUCGGUGAGAAGCCGCUCAUUGGUCCGAAUAGCACUGAAUCAUCGUCGACUGUCGUUCAAGUCAAUUCACCGAUUGGAGUUGCUGAUGAAGAUGCUGGUUCGGCUUUGUGCUUGGCACCAAACCAUGAUGGCACAACAAUCUUAUCCGGUCAUGCAAAAGGCAAAAUCUUGCAAUGGCAGCUGGCCGAAAACGGUCACCCCACAGAGUUGACAGACCUCAAUGCCUCUGUGACGAACUUGGUGUUUCCGCCAUUGCUGAAAACACCUCGACCCACAAAAGCUGUUGCAGUUGUCAAGCCCACUCAGACCGAGCGGCAAUUCACCUUUACAUCUCAACUAAACACAAGUCUCGAACAAGAGACGAGAUUCGGCAAGAUGCUCAAUGGCUUUGGCUUGCCUGAUGAUGCGCUCGAGGCCGCCAUUCUUUCGUUCCAGGAGUCUCAUGCACAACAAUGUGCCACGGAUGAAGAGGCUCAGCAAGAGACUGAAGAGUUGUGGGAUAUUAUUAACGAGCAACGGGCGCUACACAAGCUGGCUAUGCAGCCGUAUCACGAAGCCAAAUCAUCUCAUACCUGA